AUGGGGAGCGGGGCCAGCGCCGAGGACAAGGAGAUGGCCAAGAGGUCCAAGGAGUUGGAGAAGAAGCUCCAGGAGGACGCGGAUAAGGAGGCCAAGACUGUCAAGUUGCUGCUGCUUGGGGCCGGAGAGUCUGGGAAGAGCACCAUCGUGAAGCAGAUGAAGAUCAUCCACCAGGACGGGUACACGGAGGAGGAGUGCAUGGAGUUCAAGGCCAUCAUCUACGGCAACAUCCUGCAGUCCAUCCUGGCCAUCGUGCGCGCCAUGUCCACGCUGGGCAUCGACUACGCCGAGUCCUCCUGCGCGGUCAGUGCCCCCCGAGCCCCCCCAGGGACCCCCCAGCACCCCCCCCGGGACCCCCCCGGACCCUCCGAGCCCCCCUGGGGGCAGGGGCAGGGCUGCCCCCCGGCCUCAGGGUGCUUUGGGGGGGUGAGGGGGCUCCGGGGCCAUCCUGUGGGUGGGUGGGGCCCUGGGACCACGCCGGGGUGGGUGGGGGGUGUGUGACACCCCCGUGUGUGACACCCCCGUGUGUGACACCCCCGUGUGUGACACCCCCGUGUCCCCCCCCCCAGGAUGUUCGACGUGGGGGGGCAGCGCUCGGAGCGCAAGAAGUGGAUCCACUGCUUCGAGGGCGUCACCUGCAUCAUCUUCUGCGGGGCCCUGAGCGCCUACGACAUGGUGCUGGUGGAGGACGACGAAGUGAACCGGAUGCACGAGUCCCUGCACCUCUUCAACAGUAUAUGCAACCACAAGUUCUUCGCAGCCACCUCCAUCAUCCUCUUCCUCAACAAGAAGGACCUUUUCGAGGAGAAGAUCAAGAAGGUCCAUCUCAGCAUCUGCUUCCCGGAGUACGAUGGCCCCAACACGUUCGAGGACGCCGGGAAUUACAUCAAGACCCAGUUCCUGGACCUGAACAUGAGGAAGGACGUGAAGGAGAUCUACAGCCACAUGACCUGUGCCACAGACACCCAGAACGUCAAGUUCGUCUUCGACGCCGUCACGGACGUGAUCAUCAAAGAGAACCUCAAGGACUGCGGCCUCUUCUGAGCCCGGGAAGGAAACAUUCCCGUCUCUCCGUUCUGCUGAGCAGAGCCAAAGGAAGAACCACCCCCUCCACACGUCACCGCUCCCACUUUUUCUAUGACCGCCCCAAAUCCGCCUCUUUUCACCCCAAACUAGGAAGGGGCUGAACUCAACGUCCUGCUCCCUUUCGUGGCCAUUUCCUCUUUUUUUUUUUUGUUUUUUUCCGAGGAAAACUCCCCUUCUCAGCAUUCCACGGGAGGUUUGACACCAAGACACAGCCAGGAAUAGGAAUAUUGAGGGAAUUUGGGAGGCAGGGACGGGAAUUCCCCCCUGGCCAUCCCUCCACAGCCCAUUCCUGCCCUUGGAUCGGGGCUGGAUUCAUCCAAGCUGGAAUUUCUGGGGGAGGAGGAAGCUGAGUUACCUCCGAGUGGCUCCUGGGAACCCACCCCAGCCCUUCCCGGGAAUCGACCCUUUGGCGGGAGAAAUCAGGGAUUCCUGGGGUUCUCUGGGGCCCUGAAUGGUGGGAAUUCCUCGGGCAGGAAGGGCUGGGGGAGGGAACCCCAACUCCAGCCCGGGAAUGGGAAUGGGCUGGAUAAAGAGGAAAUGGUUGCUCGAAACAUUUUUGU